UGGCAGGCAAUGGUGGUUGGUGCGGGCGGUGGAAGGGAAUUUUGUAGUUGUGGAGAUUGAAGUGAUCGCUAACAAAUGGCAGGGAAGUCAUGUCUGCUUGCAGGCGAGUGCGCAUCAUGCAGUUCCUGCCUAGGUGCGGGUCCGGGGUGGCGUGCUGUGAGCAGCUGGCACAGGGAGGACAGGUGUCGGAGUGCUGGCAUCGGGUGUGAGAACCGCAUCCGCGCUUGGCGGCAUGCGGGUAGUGUCUCCCACGCUCAUAGGACUGGUUCCGCUUCUCUUGAACAGAGGACAUACAACUCAAGGUCUCUGAAAGUUAGCGAUCCUAUACUGCCAGCGAUCCGCGAUCCUGAGCUGAUAGUGAACAAGACGAAGGUGUUCACUUUGACAGACUCGACACUGAAGCCGGUGUUUCCCGCGUCGAUCAGCAACUCGUUCGAUUUGGUCGACUGCUAUAACGUCCUCGAAGACCUGCGGCUCGCAUCCAAUGGCUCUGUCUUGUAUUAUGUUCUCGACCAGCGGUGCUACAGUCAGUUGAAUGGGUCCGACUCGGAGGAGUUCGCGUCGAGUUGGCUGUACUCCGUACGGAAGGCUGAACGGAGGUCAGGGUCAGGGGGAUGGGAAGCCUUCCAGAACGAUUCGCUGAUUACUUACUGGUGGGCGUUUAACGAUAGCGAUGGGAUGAGACCCUCCUCGCCAAUCAUCUUCAACGAGAACUCGACAAUGGAGCCGAUGAUGUGGCUGAAUGGCAUGGACUUGUCCGACGAAGGGACGACUUUGGUGCUAACCACUGAAACAUUUGAGGCCUUGGGCAACCCGCUUGAGGAGGACACAGCGAUGGUAACCUUGCUCUCUGCUGUGAAUGGCACUAGGCGAUCGAUCCCCCUUCCGGGAAUGACAGCUCGUGGCAUGGCGUUCGAUCCGACGAAGACCAACGCCUACCUUGUGGAUACCGCCUAUCCGCCGCGUCUGAUGUCUGCAGACUUUGGAGCUCUGCUGGGGAAUAGUGCCAGCAUUACAGGUGACAUGUUGUUCAAGCCCGAAGCCACCUUCCCUCGCGAAAUGGGAUUGAACCUCUCCAACUUGCUCGUACGCCCGCAAGGAUUCACCCCUGACGGUAGUUGCCUGUACAUCGUCGACCAGAUGGAGGAUAGUAUCUUUGCCGUGGAUCUGUCGACGAGGAACAUAACUCUUGUCGCUGACCGGAAAGCAGUCGAUCUUGAGGAGGGAAGGAAGGAGACAUUGACAGAGGUGGUGGUAACCAAGGACGGGUGCAAUGUUUUCGUUACUGACAUCGACGGUUAUUUGCGAUGGAUUCAGUUAAAAGCGCAGUGCAGCGAAGCGCAAACGGCGGAUGUUGUCGCGUAUUAUACCGAAGGCGGGUUCUGGGGUUUGGCGAUCCAGGAGGAUGACAAUGGGGUUUGGCUAGGUCCUUGAUACGCGGAACCCCCCUUUGAAUCCAGCUGUCCCAGAACGAUCAUUCAUCUCUAUGCGCUCUGAGCCGUUGGCCGUUGGAAUC